AACCAAAUUUUAUUAUGACUCAUCGAUCAAUUUCGGCGACACGAACUGAACUCUGAUUCUGAAGUCAAAGUUCUCGUUAUCAGGAAAGAAAUCAUCAUGGAUCAGGUAUUAGAACAGCAGUUAUCUAAAGCAACAGAGAUCAUUGAGAGUCAGGUGGAUGCUGAGAUACAACGUCUUGAUAACCUAGAUGGAGAUGAACUGGAGAUCUUAAGACGGAACAGAUUGGCUGCCAUGAAGAAGCAACGAGAAAAGGAGGAUGAGUGGAGAUCGUUAGGACAUGGGGAGUACCAGGAGAUCCCGGUUGAGAAGGAUUUCUUUGCUGAAUGCAAGAAGAGCACCAAUGUGGUUUGUCACUUCUACCGCGACAGCACUGAACGUUGUAGGAUAGUUGACAAACACCUGCGUAUACUGGCUGCUAAACAUUUAGAAACACGCUUCUUGAAGAUCAAUGCAGAGAAGUGUCCCUUUCUUGCUCAGAGACUGAGGAUAGUCUUGAUUCCUACCAUAGCUCUCAUUAGGGAGGGGAAGACCAAGGAUUAUAUAGUAGGUUUUGAUGAUCUUGGAGGACGUGAUGACUUUCCAACUGAGAUGAUGGAAUGGAGAUUAGGGUGUGCUGAGGUGAUCAAUUACAGUGGUAGUCUGAGUGAUCCACCCACAGGAGGUAAGGGAGCUAAACCAACUUCCAAAGCUUCUGAUCUACUGGGUAGGAGAACACAGAAGAUCAUCAAAGGAGGCAGGUAUGAUGACUCAGAUUCCGAUCUGGAGGACUAAUUUUAACUUCAUUCACACAGUGAGUGCUGGCUUCCAGAGGAACAGCAUUCUGCCUCUUAGCAACAUGAUUCACACAAUGAGUGCUAUAUUCUUGAGUUGCAUCCCAACUUCCGCCCCCAGUAACAAACUUUUUCAUUUUCGUUCCUGCCUUGUAUGCAAAGCAUUUGAUGGGAUCUAGUUAGCCCCCCCUCUCAAGAUUUUGGGUGAAGAUCAUAUGGUUCAUGGAUUCCUAUUGUUAAGCCUAUUUUAUAUCAUGUAUUUCAAAUGCCUUGUUCAGAUAUGGUAUGACAACCCUUUGCCCAAAAGCUCAAUGACAUGAUUUAUUCAGAGUUUGUUAGGUGGCAACAAAAUAACAUUAUCAAGGCAGAAAUAUUUGUUGAGAAGCUGGCUGUGUAAAGUUGUGGACCAAUCUGUCUGUUUUGUAUUGAGCAAAUUUAAUUAAUUUUCCCACACAAUCUUAGAUUUAUUUAUCUUAAAUCUCUUUUUUGUAAUGGGUGUGUACAUGUAUGUGCACCUUCAUGAAACAAGUGGGGCAAUUUGUCAUGCCAUGUCGUGACACUAUAAUGUACCUGUAUAAGGUGAACCCCUGAAUCCUUUUAGAAUAAAAAAGAAAAAUAAAGAUUUCCAUUUAGAUUAAAUAAACUUAGAAUAUUUAUCGGUAAUAUGGAGUACCGGGUGGGUUGGGGGGGCGGUCACUGCCAUCAAACAGCAGCCACAAGACCGUACUGGAAAAAGGUCGCUAGGACACUCAUACACAGAUUUUGUGCAGUUAUCCCAGAUUAGCAAACUGUAAACAGGGAUUUCAUUAAUUUUCAGAAUAAUUGAUACCCUAAACCAGGAUAUUCCAAUUUUCAUUUCUAAGGUUACUGGAUUUAGGCGAGUUAAUGAUGCAUGUAUCAUGGAUGGGCUGUAGCUUCUGGCUAGCUUUUUACCGGCUAAGAAUAAAAAGUAAAAUAUUUAAAGGAGAAGUUCAUUCUGAUAGUAAAGUAGUUUUUGAAAGAAAAGAAAAUGUUGGUUAAGUUUUAGGAAAAUCCAUCAAAAAAUAAGAAUGAUAAAAAAUAUAUUGAAUUGUUGAUGUCAUAUCUAAGUACUUGCCCAAUAUGGUAUAUAAUAUAUAUUUCAAAUAUUCCCAUUUAAUAAUGGUUCAUUGCUUAAUCAUAACUGAAAAUAUGUUUGUUAUAGAAGCAGAUAUGAAAUGAUUUGUCUCAUGAUAUGGUAAAUCAUUUUCAAUUUUUUUUCAGACAGAUUUUCUCAAAACCACUAAUACUUAGUUUUCCAUUUUUCUUCAAACCAACUUUCCAUCUGGGUGAACUUCUAUAAAAUAUGAAUAAAUUAACAAGCUUGAUAAUUAUAUGUCAAGAAUGAUAUGUAUGAUUUAUGUUUUGUGUUGAAUGUACAGUAUACAUAUAUGCUUGUUUUGAUGUGACUUUUUAUUAAAUUAUUUACAUGUGAAAUAUAAUUUGAUCUGUUAUGAUUCUUAUGUGAUGUGAAUAACUUAAAUAGAUAUACAAACUGCAAAUAACCACACAGAACACAUUAAAUUUAGCUUUGAGAUAAAACAUUCUUUUGUUCAAUUUAUAACAAAUGUUCAUAUAUACAAGUAUACCAAAAGAAAAUAUGUUUUAUAUCAAUCAAUGCUUUGGGCAAUAAAGCGUACAAUACUCAGCACUGUUUAAUAUAUGUCCAACUAAUAAUUAUAUAUAAAUAAGCCAAUUUUUGUUUCCUUUUGUUUUUGGAAUACAACACUAGCAUACCAAUGAUUAGCAGAGAUUGUUCACACUGGUGUAAUUUUCCUGUUAGCUAUCAUUAGCCAAUGAUAAUAUAAACUUGCGAAUGGAUGCUCAAUGGCUAGGUAAAAUAAUAGAAACACACCCUCAGAAUUUCACAUGGCAUCUACUUACACUUUUUUUUAUCUGGAUGUCAAAAAGAGGGCAAGCUUUUAUGAUAAUUAAAGAACAAGUUUUAAUAACUGGAGUCUAUACUCAAAGGGAACUUUUUAAUAUCUCAGAUACAAGGCCUAAAAUAAUUUCCAGGUUGUUUAGUGUCAAAAUGAAGGCAUAAAAAAAUUUAUGUGCUAUGUGUGAGACAGGGGUGUUGAACUGAUAGCAUCUUCAUGUGCUGAACAUGAUAACAUUAUUUUCCCAAGAGUGUAAGGUAGGGAUGAAUAUCCUUAGAUGUCAACUCCUUGAAUUGAGCACUUAAUCAGGGAAGCCGUGCCAAAACUGGGUUAAAAAAAUUUUACACAAUAAACUUUGUAUUUUACUGCUUGCUAAAAACAAUUUUAAUAAUAAUUAACAUGAUAUGCAACAUAGCGCAUAAUACAAUGUUUCUAAGCCUUGCAUACUAUUGCCCCAGCUUUACCAUGACCCUGAUUAAGUGCUCAAGGAAUUCCUACUGUAUGCCUGUGUGGAGAGUGACAAAAUAAAUGCCUUGCCAAAGGAUGUAAGUGCCAUGGUUGGAUUUGAACCCCAGACCCACUGGUUUUAAGUCUGGAGAUUUAUCUACUGAGCCAGAACAUCUCUACAUAAACAUCACAUUUUCUUUCAGCUAAUGGUACUUAAACGAAAUGUGAUUUAGGUCCGAAGAACAUGUCUCAUUCUCAAGUUAAAAUCAUGUGAAACUGAAAGUUCACAAAUAUCCUUCAAACAUCACCAGGAUUGCAUGAAAACAUGCGAUGUUUUUAAAAUCAUAUUUAGGCUUCAUUUACAAUGGUACAGACACUGAUGACAUUCAGAUUAACAGAAGCUACUCAAUAUCUUUAAAGGCUUUUUCAAAAUAUUAGUGGAUAAGGACAUGACUUUACGCCAAUACUUUUGCAAGUCUUUGUUUUACCCCCAGAUAAACAAGUCUUCAUGACUACUUCAUGACUACAAACAUCUUGUAUCUACUGAACAGAGCAAUAUAUGACCAUUCUUUGCUUUUUGUUUAUGUUUUACUAUCAAUUGUUAGCUCCUUCCAUAUUUUGUUGGAAAAAAUUAAUUGUAAAUGUUGUCAGUUGAUGUAUCAGAAAUAUAAAUUCACCAUUAGUAGCGUAUGCAGGAUUUUUGAUAGGGGGGUUCAAGCUGAAUGAAAUGUUGACAACGAAAAAAAAAAGGUAUUCACCACAUCACCACAAAUUUUAGGUCGUUUCUUCCCCCCCC